AUGAAUCAAAUUCCUCUACCGACUGACACAGCUGAUGAGGCAUUGGAAGAAACGAAUUCUAGCUUCAGCGAAGACCCAUCCAAAAUCGUCGUGGCACUAGCCGAGGACGAAGCCACCCUCCCAGCUCCGAUUGACAUCAAUAUCAACCGUAGCCAGCAGAUCGAGCUUCCACCGGUAAGCUGGCAAAACUAUGACCAGCUACCGACAAAAAUCAAACUGACAAACACCGGAGAAACUGUCAUCCUUAGUGCCAAAUGGGAAGAUGGGGUAUAUCCUGGCCUCAAGUGCGGUUAUCUGGACGGUCGAUAUGUGUUCUCCCAACUGCACUUCCACUGGGGCAAUUCGGCUGUAGAAGGCAGCGAACACACUAUCGACGGAACGCCACUUCCACUGGAAAUGCACGUCGUUCAUUUCAAUGACCAAUACGAUACGCUCGAGGAUGCUCUCAAGCACAUCGGCGGAGUGCUUUGUUUAGUAUAUUUCUUCAGCUUGAAGUCCACUCCUAACAAGUUCUUAGAACCGGUCAUCACCAACCUAAAGGAAAUCAUCUUCCCGGACAGUGUCAUCAAAUUGACACCCUUUCCGAUUGUCAACUUGUUUCAUGCUUUCACUGACGAUUACUUUCUCUACUGGGGAUCGACGAAAGCACAAUCCAAAAGCCACCCGAUGCUGUGGUUGCUUUCUCGUACACAGGAAUGCAUCGAUUUUCACCAGCUAGCCCAGUUCCGGCAACUGCUGGAUCAACGAAUGCGCAUAAUUGCUCGAGAACCACCGCAAGUCGCCGACGGAAAGGAUCGGCACCUUUUUCACGUGAAUCCCCGGACACCGUGCAGCAAUUGGACGCUUUCUCCGCUGCCCCAUCCAAGAUAUCGGGAUAAUCGCUGGUUGGUGGAUCGAAUGGAUAUCGAUAUCGGAGCUCCCGGUGGCUGUCAGCAGUUUAUUGAAGCGUUGAGACGGGAAAUGAGCAAUAGGCGAGAAAGCAGUAGCAGCAGUGAAAAUUAG